CCGCGCCUUCCCGGGCCCGGGGCGCGCAGCAUGGCCGGGGGCAGCCCCGCGCAGCGCAGCUUCUCCCUCUGCGGCCGCCUCGGCCAGCGCUGAUCCGCGCCGCGGACAACUUCUGCAUUUCCCGCAACGGCCGAAACCUCCCCGCUUGCGAAAGCGGCCCGCGGGGGCCGGGGCAGAGGCGGCGGCGCGGGCGCGCCGUGGGCGCCAUGGGGCCGGCGUGGGCGCUGAGCGCGGCGUGGGCCGCGGGCGACGGCGGCGCGCCGCUGCCGGGCCCCGGGAAGGCGGCGGACUGCUGGGAGGUGCGGAAACGCAACAGCUCCGAGUGGUGCCACUUCGUCCAGACCAACCCCGACUGCCAGCUGGAGGGUGGCUUCCUCGACUACCUCAACGGCAUCUUCUGCGUCUUCCCCGCGCGCCUGCUGCCGCUGGCCGUCGCCCUCUACGCUUGCUGGCUCUUGUACCUCUUCGUCAUCCUCGGUGUGACGGCGGAGAAGUUCUUCUGCCCCAACUUGUCGGCCAUCUCCACCAACCUGAAGCUGUCUCACAACGUGGCAGGUGUCACCUUCCUGGCAUUCGGCAAUGGGGCUCCGGACGUCUUCAGUGCUGUGGUGGCUUUCUCUGACCCACGGACAGCAGGGCUGGCAAUCGGCGCCCUCUUCGGCGCUGGUGUGUUCGUGACCACAGUGGUGGCCGGAGGCAUUGCCCUAGUCAAGCCCUUCACAGCUGCCUCCAGGCCCUUCCUCAGGGACGUCAUCUUCUACAUGGUGGCCGUCUUCCUCACCUUCAUGGUACUCUACUUCGGCAGGAUCAGGCUGGGCGAGGCCCUGGGUUACCUGGGGCUCUACAUCUUCUACGUCUUCACCGUGGUGCUCUGCACCUGGAUCCACCGGCGGCAGCGCGGGGAGGGGCUGCCCCCGCCUGGACCCUGGGAGCCAGAGCUGCUGACGGACACUGAAGACCGGGAGUCCUUGGGCACCAACAGCGGUGACUAUGGCGAGGAGUACCGGCCCCUGCUCCCCUACCAGGAGACCUCGCUGCACAUCCUGGCCACGGCCCUCAGCCCUGUGGACUACCGCAAGUGGAGGAGGAAGCCCUGGUACUGGCGGCUCUUCAAGGUGCUCAAGGUCCCCGUGGAGCUGGUGCUGCUGCUCACGGUGCCCGUCGUGGACCCCGACAAGGAGGACCUGAACUGGAAGAGGCCACUCAACUGCCUGCACGUGGUCACCAGCCCCCUGCUCUGCAUCCUCACCCUGAAGUCAGGCGCCUACGGGCUGUACCAGAUCCAGGGCGUCUUCCCCGUCUGGGCGCUGGUCGUGCUGGUCGGCACCGUCGUGGCGGUUCUCAUCUUCAGCACCACGAGCAACGAGGAGCCCCCCAAGUACCACUGCGUAUUUGCCUUCUUGGGGUUCUUGGCCAGCGCCAUGUGGAUCAACGCGGCGGCCACGGAGCUGGUGAACCUCCUCCGGACCCUGGGCAUCAUCUUCCAGCUGAGCAACACCGUGCUGGGCCUGACGCUGCUGGCCUGGGGCAACAGCAUCGGCGACACUUUCUCCGACCUGACCAUGGCGCGGCAGGGCUACCCCCGCAUGGCCUUCUCCGCCUGCUUCGGCGGCAUCAUCUUCAACAUCCUGGUCGGAGUGGGACUCGGCUGCCUGCUGCAGAUGACCAGCAGCCAGAUGGUGGUGAAGCUGGAACCCGACAGCCUCCUGGUCUGGAUCCUGGCCGGGGCCCUGGGCUUGAGCUUGGUCUUCUCCUUCGUGGCGGUGCCAGCGCAGUGCUUCCAGCUGGGCAAGGCGUACGGCGUCUGCCUCAUCCUCUACUACCUGGCCUUCCUCUGCGUGGCCCUGCUGACCGAGUUCAAGGUGAUCCGCCUGGCCGCCGUCUGACGGGGCGCCGGCCCCACCGGCACCUCGGCCCGCGCGGCCUUUCCUCUCCGGCCACGGUGCCGCGGGGCGGACGCAGCCUCCGACCUGACCCCCGCCGGCAGCAUGCGCCGCCAGCAGCCCGAGGAGGGGGGGAGGCGUUUCCAGUUGGGAAAAGGAUUUGCGAGUCACUGACUGUGCCCCGUGUGCGGUAAAGACCUCGGCCUCCUCGCGCCGGGGCAGCGCAGGGGAGCUGCAGCCCAGGACCAGCCCCGCGGGAAGGUCUUGCCCACCCGCCCACCCGACUUGCCCCGCGGCGCCUUCGGCCCGGUUCUUCCGGGGCGCUCGAAGUCGCGCUGCGGUGGGGUAGCUCUGAAGGCUGGAGCGCGAUUUUUGGGACCGUCGCUCGCGGCGAGGGACGGCGAGCGUCCAGACCGCGGGUCGAAACAGCGGCCGAGGCGAAGCGAGGCGGGCUGAGCAGGAGGAAUCGCUCCGGAGCGGUGCUAGCUUUUAACGCAAGCCAAGUAGGAUGGAAAAAAGAAAAGGAAAAAACCCAAACAAAAAACAAAAAAAACCCCAACACGGAACCUGGUUUCUCCUGCCGUUUUAAGCUACAGUUUUUCAACCUGAACUUCAGACCAUACUUUUCUUCUCCUCUUAGGGCGGACAAAGCAGUAGCAAAUGACUUGGUACUCCGAGGUUUCCACACCCCACCCGUGGGCCUCUGGGCAGAGCUCGGCUUAGACACCGUACGGGAAUAAACAGUCUCCAUUAAAAACCCAAA